AUGUAUUCAACCUACAAGCAGAUCUUUAAAUAAGUUAAUGACAUAAUGUAGGAUCCUCUAAUUAAUGAAUUUUUGUCAGUGAAACAGAUUGAAGACAAUUUACCAGACAGAAAAAACAUUAUAAAAUUUGGAUUAAUACUCAAACAAUUAGAUUAGUUCGUGAAAGAACAAUUAAUUAUCGAAUAAAAAAUAAAAGGAAAAUUAUUAGCAAUCAUAAAAUAUGACAAGUCUUUUCCUAAAUUUGUGAAUUUCAUUCAGAUAAUUAAUAAUGAGUAUACUAUAGAAUUUUCAUAACAACAUCUUGAUGAACUAAAUCAUAUAACAGAUAGUCAUAGUGAUGAUUUGUAUACAUUAUAAGACAUCAUUUAUGAAGUAGUAAAAAGAAUAAAAACUAGAGUAAAUGUUGAUCAUCUCAAAUAUUUGCUAGAUUAAUAAAUUUAGCACCCAAUUUCUACAAAGCUUUAUUAAAUAAAUCAACCUCCUACAUUAAUAUAUUUGUUAUAACAUAAUGAGAGAAUAAUAUUUAUAUUGAUUGCUGUUUGUAACCAAGAAUAGAUUCCCUUACCUUGUUUCAUAAAUUGUUUAUAUUUAACAGGAGAUCAAAUGAAAUUGAGAAUAGAUUAAAACCUAGAACGAACUAUAUUAUCUAUUGUUUAAGUAAAGAAAGUGGCUGAAGAAUUAGGAUACAAUAAUGUAUAAUUAGCAGAAUAAGGACUUUUAGAAUUAAAAUUACAAUAUUAUAAAUAAUAUCUAGAGAUACCUGAACAAGAUUUGAUUGAUUCAACAUUAUCAGUUUUAGUAAUGAAAGGAAUUGAAGUUAAUUAAAAUCAAAUAAGAAAUCUGUUAACAUAAACAUCAAAAGUUUAAAAUUCUCCUUAGAUAAAUAGAUUGAAAACUUUAUUUAAUUAAUUAUUAGAGACUUCAUAAUAAAUGACAGAAAAAAGAUAAUAAAAUAGAAAUCAUAAGGUGAAUAUUGUUAUUGUUCUAAAAGAAGUUAUUUCUAAAAUGGUUAAAGAUAAAACAGGAUUUCCAUAAAUAAUAAAUUUAAUGAAAUUAAGAAAUGGAAAUCUUAAGUUUGAUACAACAGAUACAAUUUUAAGAAAAUACUUUUAGUAUAUUUAAAAACCUCUUGUAGAACUUUUUAGUGUUACAAGCUUCACUUAAUUAAAUAAUUUUUGUAGAACAUCAAUUUUAAAUCAAACAGCACAAUGUGAAGCUGAAAUAAUAGAGAAAAUGCUUGAAUUAGUAUAUUAAGAACGUUCAAAAUAUUUACUUGAUUUAAAAAAUAUUUUUGAAGAAUCAAAAUAAACUAGCAAUAGUUUACUUAUGAUUUUAAGUAUCUGUUAGGAAAAAUCAAUAAAACCAUUAGAGAAAACAGAGAAGAGUGAGAUUUUAUAUUAAAUAAAAGUUCUUAUAGAAUAAUUAUUGUAAUAUACAGAAAAAAAUAAAAUAAUUGAUCUUGAUAGUGAUGAAGAGUUAAAGAAACAAACAAAAGUAUGA